CUCGCCAUCCAGGACGGCGCCGAGGCCCAGCAGCUGCAGCCGGGCCAGGCCCCGGCAGGGGGCGCAGGCGAGGACGUGAAGCCCAUCGACUUGACAGUGCAGGUGGACUUCGGGCCCGAGCCCCCGGCCGGGCCGGUGCCCGUACGGCUGGUGGCGGCGGGGGCGCUGGGCGAGGACGGCCCGCUGGAGGGUGGCCCCCCGGACCACUCGUACUCGCUGUCGUCGGGCACCACGUCGGAGGAGCUGCUGCGGAAGCUGAACGAGCAGCGGGACAUCAUCGCUCUGCUGGAGGUGAAGAUGAAGGAGAUGAAGGGCAGCAUCCGCCGCCUGCGCCUGGCCGAGGCCCAGCUGCGCGAGGAGAUCCGUGAGAAGGACCGCCUGCUGCACGCUGCCAGCGCCGGCGCCCGCAAGCGCCAUGGCCUCUGAGAGCCGGGACACUCCCCCGGCACGGCCCGGCCCAGCCCGGCCCCUUCCGCAGGGGUGCCGCCAUGCCGGGGAAGGAGCCUGGGGCGGGUUGGAAGGACUCUGCCCCGGCCCCUUCCCCAGAGCAACGCCUCUUCCCAGCACAGCCAGGCUUGGACCCCAGCAACGACCCAGCGCCGGAGGACAGCUCGUUUCCUGACACCCCGCUGGGCUCCCGGGAGUAGGAGGAUUUCUGCCCCGCCCCUGCUAGUGCUGCUGCAGUCACGGUCUGACAAGCAAGGAGGUAUCUGGCAGGGAAGGAAGGGCUCCUCAGACUCUGAAAGGCUUCUUCGCACCCUUGCCCCGGGAGGAAUCACCAUCGUGCUGUCUGCACUACCAGAUCUCUCUCCUUCUUGCUGCUGCUGGCGCUGCUUUAGCUCUAACUGUGUUAGCACUGCUGGGCACUCUAGUUUUGGCUGCCAGUUUAUUGGAGCAGGCAUAUCAUAGCACCAGUGUUCUGCCUACACUGCGGGUACCAAUGCUGUUGUUUUAGGAUGAGCUAACCUUAUUUUGACCACAGUGGGGAAAUGUUUGCAACUUUUUUUUUUUUAUUGUAGAUGGGACUUAGGCUAUUACUAAGCAAAUGUAGGGUGACAAGCAUCAGUUAUCAGCAAUUAAAUUAGCUUGUAUAGCAGUGACUCUACUCCAUAAAAAAAGCAUGUUUAAAACCACAGUUGGCGCUGUAUGCUCUAUAGAAGUGUUAAAAUGGUGUUUUGUAAGGCCUCCUUUAGUAGAGGUAUGAGGAAAGCUUUAAAAACCCUCUAUGGGUAAUACGUUUCUUCAGUAAAUGAAUGAUGCUGUAAGAGUCUGCCACUUCAAGUGUGAAAGUAUCCCCAAAAGUAGAGUGCUCAUGUGCCAUACAGUUUUUGCGCUCUUGUGCUUGUGCACUCUCUUGGGCUUGCUUGCUCUCUCUCUCUGCAUUGGACAUACAUUUGUUACAAAUGUCUUGAUCCUCUCAGUGCUGAUAAGGAUUGCUUUUAUCUGGUGUAGUUUCUUGCCUUGUUGACAUUUAUUGGUUACAGUUUAUCUCACUAGUUUAAAAAUGCCUCUAUCUAAUAUAACUGAGGAUAUAGGCAAUAUUGAGUUUUAUAAGCCUUGGGAUGAAAUUUUGAUUGGAAAAGUCUUUGGAAAGACUUGGGAUGAAAUUUUUCUAAGUGAAAUUAAUUUACCUGCUCAAUCCUAAAUUAGUUUAUAUGACCAAUAGUCUCUGUUUAGGAGAUACUCAACCAAUUUAAGUGUCUUUACAUGCUCCAAGGCAAUAUUGAGAAACAUUGUAACAAAUCUCUGUAGAAUGGUUGCAGGUUUCUGGUUCCAGUCAGUAUCAGUCCUAGAUUUCCAUGGACAGAGAAACAAACAAAAGAAGCCAGAAACUGUGGAGGGGGACAGUGAUAUUGCUGUAGCUUCAUAUGUUCCCAGAUUAUCAAAAAGCCAGUGAGAUUGGGAGCUCAGUGUUUUGAGGGAGGGAGAUCUGGUACACCUGAAUGGAUCCAUCUUGAUGCUUAUUUACUCCAUUGAAUUUGGACAGUGAUGUGCUUUAGAAAAAAGUAGUUCACCACAGUGUGCCCUAUAAUUAUGCCAGAAAAUGCUCAGACUCUUUGUGUUUCAGCUAAGUUAGUGGAAACAAGUGACAUGGACAGCUACAGAUCUGGGUUCCUGAGAUCUUUCUCUUGCAACUAGAGUGCAUUACACGCAGUAGGCUGAGCUGAAGAUUUUACUAAUUUUAUAAAUAUUUUCUAAUUGUAAAAAGUAUCUUUAGUUUGGAAAUACUGUAAUCUUUGUAACACUGGCCCACUCUUACCUGGCCAACUGUCCAGUUCAUUCUGUCCCUGUAGCUGGUAUGACUGAGUCUGAAGGGUGCAUCUGGGAUUUGGCAGCUGGAGGUUCCUGUAUUGAGUAUCCAGCCAGCUCAGCUAGAGACUUCCACAGAUACAGCUGAUAACUAUGUGAUGCAUGGGUCUUUUUUUAUAAUGUGUAGUGACUUGGGUGGUUGACCAUGAGGAUGCUACAGAUCUAUUCAUGUAUUAAGUGUGUACCAUUAUUUCAUUUUAUUUAUUUUUCCCAAUCUGAUACUGGGUCUAACUACAGCUGUGUAGUGUGCUGACUUCUGUGCAAGUCGUAUCAGCAGUAGGUUUUGGUGGGGGAAGGACCAGCAGGCAUGCUUGCUGUAUUGUGCCUAAUUUAGCACAUGUUGUUUGGUCAGUCAAAUCUUAUGCUUCCAUCAAGGCAAAAGGCAGCACAAUGUCUCUUUCUCUCUUGAAUUGUAAAUGAGACUAUUUAUGCAUCCUAGCUGCUUGAGAGUGUUUAGAAUGUGCGUGUUGUAACAGUCAUGGUAUUUUUUCUACCAUUGUAAUGCACUUCAGGAUGUUCAGCCGUUUGGCUCGCUGGACUGGUUAACUGCUGGACUGUUCCAUUUUUCCAGGUUACACUGAGGUGCUAACAUGCUUAAUUUUAAUAAAGUCUAUUUUGGUUUGUUA